AUGUCAAUUUCUAUCUCCCAACUGUUGGUACUUGAGGGAGCUCAGAGCCGGCUGUCAGUAUCAACAGGAAAAGUCCAGAGAAGGGCUAAUGCACUUCGGAGGAAACGGGAUCUCCUCGGGGAGGAGGUUGGUACACUACACCUAAGAGAACCAGGAGAGACAUACAGGCCACUGCUGUCGGAAGGUGCUCUGUCCCGCAGUGCAUUACAUAAUUUCACAUCCAGGGAUGCUUCCUCAGAAUAUUGUGGUUGUCUCAAUGGCGGCUGGUGUCAGGAGAGCGGUGCGUGUGACUGUGCUCAGUUCCAGGCAAUGGGAGACCGCUGCCAAAUCAUAUCAAACCAGGGCCAAGAUAGAGACGGGAUCUGUAGGUCCUGGGGUCAGCACCACUACGAAACAUUUGAUGGGAUUUACUUCUACUUCCCUGGCACCUGCUCCUACAUCCUGGCCCAAGACUGCCACUCGAGCACGCCACAGUACACCGUGUGGGUCCAUAACAGCCGAGUGUGCGAGGGUAGUGUGUAUUUGUGUCCCAGAGCUCUUAGCCUGUUCUUCCCUAAUGAGGAGGAAAUUCACAUCUCUGGUUAUCAAGUCCAUCAAGGUGGUCGCCGGCUCAGUCUGCCUCACACAAUUGGAGGUGUAUUUAUAGAGCGCCUGGCCGACUACCUGCUGGUCAAGAGUGUGUUUGGGUUCUCUCUGGCCUGGGAUGGGGAAUCUGGUGUUUACCUAAAAAUGAGUGAAGACCACCAGGGCGGUCCUUGUGGUUUGUGUGGCAACUUCAACCACCUCUCACGGGAUGAUCUCACAACUGCCAGAGGGAUCCACACAGAUGAGCCUGCAGCAUUUGCUAACAGCUGGACUAUUGACCUGCCCCAUGAGCGACAUUGUCCCUCUGUUGAUCUCGACUUCAGUGGGCCUUGUCAAUCCGAGUCUGACAUGGAUUCGGUGACACUAGUGUUAGAUGAAGACGUGAGUCGUGAGAUCACCUUGACCCGGGAAGGGGAAGUGAUCUUUGGAGUGAACCCUGCCCCUCUCCUGCCCUAUGUGGAUGAAACGGUGGAAAUACGAAAGCUAACCUCUGUUUUUACUCAACUGAAGACAGAAAUUGGUUUGCGAAUUCUCUAUGAUGGUCAAGGGGGACGGAUCUAUUUGCAGAUCGAAAACUAUUGGCGUGGAUUAACUCUUGGCCUGUGUGGGACAUUUAAUGGCAAUUUACGAGAUGACUUCCUCUCUCCCUCUGGAAUGAUUGAAGGAACCCCUCAGCUCCACAGCAAUGCAUGGAAGGUGUCCUCUGCUUGUGUAGCUCCUGUUAAUAUUCCCAUUAUAGACCCAUGUGAGAUGAACCAGCACAACGUAUACUAUGCAAACCAGUGUGAGGUUCUGGUGGGGACUGUGUUUGCUGCGUGCCAUGGCCACAUCAGUCCGAGCGUGUACCAGCAGCAGUGCCGGUACCAGGCAUGUCGCUGUGGGGGCAGCUGUCUGUGCACAAUCCUGGCUCAUUAUGCAUAUCUCUGCUCAAAACACGGAGCUGACAUAAACUUCAGGCCGCAUGUUUCUGAGUGCGGGGGGGUGUGUCUUGGUGGAAUGCUGUACCACUCCUGUGUCUCGUCCUGUGGUCGCACAUGUCGUGCUUUGUCUGGCUCAGAGACCUGUGAUCCAGAGGACUGUGCAGAGGGCUGUGGCUGCCCACAAAACAGUUACUAUGAUGAUGUCCGGCAGCGUUGUGUGCAGCUGUCUCAGUGCCACUGCUACUCCAUGGGUGGUGUGUCACAGCCGGGAGAGGUUACCUUCAGUGUGUCUGGUCCUUGUUUGUGCAGAAACGGGAAGAUGGAAUGCGUGCAGGAGGAACAAGAGUCAGACAGCACAGAAGUUGGAGAGUGUCCAGAGGGUAAGGUGUACCACAGCUGCAACGAGCAGAGAGGAGGGGUGGCCUGUGCUCCAACCUGCCGCAACCUCAUGCUCAAUAUGACCUGUCCUCCAAACACGCCCUGCAUACCAGGAUGUGUCUGUCCCCCUGGCUAUUCUCCAUGUCCGGCUGUGUGCACUGUGUACAGUGACCGACACUAUCAUACCUUCGAUGGACUCGAGUAUGACUACCACUCAGACUGUCAGGUCUACCUCAUUAAAGGGCACCUGAGUGGGAUGUGUGGUAACUUUGACAGUGUGACUGUAAAUGACAUGAGCACCUCAAGCCACAUAGAGGUCAAUAACGCCCAGACGUUUGGAGACAGCUGGGCCCUGGGGCAGUGUGAGAGUGACUACGUACUGGCCCGACCGUGUGAAGGGGACCUGGGCCGGCAGCCGUAUGCCAAGAGGGAGUGCGCUCUUCUCUACAGUGAUGUCUUUGCCCCUUGCCACAAUGUGGUGGAUGUGUCCUGGUUCUACAGAAACUGCCUGACUGACACAUGCAAUUGUAACCGUGGGGGUGACUUGAGUGCUGUGUAUAAUGACACCAUGUUUGGGGUGAAUCGCAGCAGCAGCAGCACUAUUUUCCCUUUGUUCAGAGAGAGCACAGGGCUGAUGCCUGCUCCAGGCUUGCUCUUCAACUUCAUGAUCACUGCAGGACUGCAGAAGGAAAAAACAUCACGUGUCCCUGUAGUGUCCAUAGAAUCUGCAGAGCGUCCAAACUACUUCAUUGUGGUGUCGAGCCGGAGCACUGUCCAUCUGGAGCGCUGGAGCAGAGGCCCCGAGUUCAGUCGCAAGGCCACCUUUAUCCAGCACCAGGGAUUAUUCCUGCCUGGGCAUAGCUCCUUCGAACUCAUCAGCCAGCCUGGGACUUUUCUAACCUUGACACGAACUGCUGCACAAGCCCAAAGAUAUGACUCCUCUGAGGGCUUUAAGGCCAGCAGCAGUUUUAUGCUGAAGGAAAGCAGUUUUGUUAUUCCCUAUCGUAUGAUGUGUGAGUGGCGCUACCAGGCCUGUGCCAGUCCAUGUGUUCACACAUGCAGUGAUCCUGAUGCCACACGCUGCCAAUUCUUACCCCCCCUUCACUACCACCGUUACUACCACAACCGAAGCCACCACAACUCCUGCCGCAACCUCCACCGCCUUCAUCACCACGGCAACCCUCACGCCGACGCCGGUGGUGACAACGGAAAGCACUGUGAUGUCUACUGUACCUACUACUCUGCCGACCACUCCUGUUCAAACCACCACAGUAUUUACCACCGAGAGCACAAGCCUAUUAUCCGAGAGCACCAUGACAGAGACCGCCCCUACAGAAACAAGCACUGUGACGACUACCGCGACACUGCCCACAACCCCAGAGCCCACCACUGA